AUGGAAGAUCUUGUUCGGGAGGGCCUGGUCCGGCAGAUCGGCAUUUCCAACUUCAAUCAGGCACAGACCGAACAGAUUCUUCGCCAUGCGACGAUUGCACCUACUGUACAUGAGUUCGAAUGUCAUCUCUAUUUGCAGCAGUCUGAGUAUGUGAAGUGGACCCUCGACCACGGGAUGCACCCUUCGCUUCUCUCUUUUGCCUCCGCAAAAGGGUUGACGGUAGCACAACUGGCUUUAGCUUGGAACAUGCAUCGCGGCGUGAUUGUAAUCCCGAAAAGCGAGCACAUUGAGAGAGUUGCGGAGAACUUUGUCGCGCAGUCAGUAUCCUUGUCUGCGGCAGAUAUGGAAUUCCUCAACAGUCUAGAUCAGAAAUCUCGUUUCAACAAUCCUAGUAAAGAGUGGGACGUUCAACUUUAUUCCGGAUUGGAUGGGAUCUAA